GUUCAGGUGCUCAACUAGCCUGCGUGUUCACCUCAUUUUGUAUAUCGCUUAUUUAAAGAUAAUUAAUAAUCUUACACGCUUGAAAAGGCUUGAAGCGACUUAGGUUUUUAGUUGCCGGUAAAGAAACAUGUAAUUUGAGUUGUAAAUAAUGACGUGGCGUACCCUUUCUUUUCUUUGGAUGUGAAAACAGAAAGCUGUUUAAAAAUAGAGGUGGUUUAUGUAUAACAGUAGUGAAGAUAUUUUGCCUCUACCAGCAUGUCUUACUUGGAAUGGGCAGAGUCUCAGCUUGCAGAGAUAGAGCUGCUGACCAGUAUGUUUCCCACCCAGGAGGAGCUGGAGAUGACAGACCAGCUGGCACUAGCUGAGCUCAGGGACUAUGUGGAGUGCUUAGAUUCAACAGACAGGCCUCCACCUUCCAGACCUCAGUUUCUCAUCAAACAGAGGCUGGACACAAGCACAGAGAGGGUUGAUGUCAUUCUGUCCUGUGCUUAUCCAUCUGAAUAUCCCAGCGUGUUACCAGAGAUAACAGUCCGGUGUGCCGGUCUAAGCAGGGCCCAGCAGACACAGCUCCACGCAGAUCUCAAUGCAUACCUCAUGGAAAACUGCCAGGGGGAAGUGUGUGUGCUCUCCGCUGUGGACUGGGUGAAAGACAACCUGCAGCUCUUCAUUAAUAAGAGCUUAUCAGCACCAGCUCCUAAGAAAGAGUCUACCUCUCUACAGCCACAAGAAGUGUUCAGCCGACUGUGGAUUUACAGUCACCACAUCUACAACAAGACGAAAAGGAAGAACAUCUUGGAGUGGUCCAAAGAGCUGGGCCUGUCAGGAUUUAGCAUGCCUGGGAAGCCUGGUAUUGUGUGUGUUGAAGGUCCUCAAUCUGCCUGCGAGGAGUUCUGGUCCAGAGUGAAGGUUCUGACAUGGAAGAAGAUCAUGAUUCGACAUAGAGAGGAUAUUCCCCUUGAUCGUCAGGGUGAGGACAGCAGGACUGUUGAAAGUAUAGACUCCCUGCGCAAAUUCACAGGCUUUGAAGAGGCAAUGUUUGACCCCCAUGGGAACAGAGGUAAUCACAUGGACCUUGGGCAGCUCUACCAGUUUUUAAAUGAGAAAGGCUGUUGUGACGUCUUUCAGAUAUAUUUUGGUAUUGAAGGGAGAGGUAGUGGUCAGACCUAGAAUAAAUAUACACUGGUAUUUGACUGGUGCCUUCUCAUUAAAAUCUCUUCUCCUUAAAAUAAGUGUUAACCCUAAAAUGGAAAUGCAUUCAUUAAUGUUUUUGUCUCAUGCAAGCGCACAAAUGGAUUGUGAGCAUGUGGUCGUGUGCCUGAUAAACUGAAAUAAAUUAAACACUUUUUUAUGGAUGUUUUUUCGAGUGUUAAACUCGGGACCUCAUUGGGAUAAAAGGCAAAAAGAACAUUUCUGCAAUUUCAGAAAAUAGUUCUCACUUAUUUCAGCUAAUGGGCAUAUUUUUCAAAAGAAGCAUUAAAAAUAUUUUUUUCCGAAGAGUUUUAUCAAGGAGUUAUAUUUGCAAUUUUAAUACUCUUGCAUGUGCUGCAGAUUACACCUUGCCCUAGGUGCUUCUUUCCUCAAAUGGCACCACUGUGUAUUCCUACCAGGCUAUUAUAGGAUUUUAGGAUAUCUGUUUAUGAAAUCUGUUGAUAUUUGUGUUAUGAAUUAUAAAUAAGACAACCAUGGAAAGUCUCUCUCCAAUUUUCUUUGAAUGAUUAGUUGUUGGAUACUUUUUGCAUAACUGUGGAUUACACAUAAUUAAAAUGUGCGGCUAUUGAA